CACACGAGAGGAAUUGAACGUGUGGCACCAUUUUUAUCGACGCACAGUCUGUAGUUAAUGGAUUGAAAGAAGAGAACACAAAUAUUUAAUUAAUAUUUAGCAGCUUUUACAGCUGAACCCGAAGUUAAAGCUGGAAGGAGGCAGCGGAUCGCAGAUAUGCACGCAGCAGGAUGGAUUCUAUGUAACUCAAAUGCAACGUGAUGAGAUAACGAUGAAGAUGAUGAUGGCCCAGGGCGAGAAAGAUCCGAAACAUACCAACCAAGUCGUACUGGUCAAGAGAAUUAUAAUGAAGAAUGAUAACCCAGUGCCGCAGGGAAUCGGGAAGCCCAGCGUGUAUCACGCUGUUGUGGUCAUCUUCCUGGAGUUCUUCGCCUGGGGUCUCCUCACAACGCCAAUGCUUACUGUUUUACAUGAAACAUUCCCUAAACACACCUUCCUAAUAAAUGGCCUGAUUCAGGGAGUGAAGGGUCUGUUGUCGUUCAUGAGCGCUCCACUGAUUGGCGCUCUUUCAGAUGUUUGGGGCAGACGAUCGUUUCUGUUGGUCACUGUGUUCUUCACGUGUGCUCCAAUUCCCCUCAUGAGACUCAGUCCGUGGUGGUACUUCGCCAUGAUAUCCAUGUCUGGCGCUUUUUCUGUCACGUUCUCUGUGAUCUUUGCUUACAUCGCAGACGUGACGGAUGUACACGAGAGGAGUACGGCGUAUGGACUCGUUUCCGCGACGUUUGCAGCAAGUCUGGUGACGAGUCCUGCCAUCGGCGCGUACCUCUCGGCCAGUUACGGUGAUAAUCUGGUGGUGCUGUUGGCGACGCUCAUCGCUCUGGCCGACAUCUGCUUCAUACUGCUGGCCGUCCCAGAGUCUCUACCGGAUAAAAUGAGACUCAACACAUGGGGAGCGCCCAUAUCCUGGGAACAGGCCGACCCAUUCGCUUCUUUGCGUAAAGUCGGGCAGGACACGACAGUUCUUCUCAUCUGUAUAACAGUGUUUUUGUCGUACCUCCCCGAGGCGGGGCAGUACUCCAGCUUCUUCCUCUACUUGCGUCAGGUCGUUAACUUCACACCCAAAACGAUCGCCGUGUUCAUCGGCGUGGUGGGAAUCCUCUCCAUCGUGGCUCAGACGCUGUUUCUCACUUUAUUAAUGAGGACUAUCGGAAACAAGAACACGGUUCUGUUGGGUUUGGGCUUCCAGAUUCUGCAGCUGGCCUGGUACGGUUUAGGAUCAGAGCCGUGGAUGAUGUGGGCGGCCGGUGCGGUGGCAGCCAUGUCUAGCAUAACAUUCCCAGCAGUGAGCACUUUAGUGUCACGCAAUGCAGAUCCAGAUAAACAGGGACUGGUUCAGGGAAUGAUAACCGGCAUUCGAGGUCUCUGCAACGGUUUGGGUCCCGCGCUGUAUGGCUUCAUUUUCUUCCUCUUUAACGUAGAGCUGAGCGGGAUUACGUCGAUCGAACCCGACUAUGCAAUCCCCCUAAAGACCCCUACUGAGAAGUCAAUAAUCCCUGGUCCGCCGUUCCUCCUUGGCGCUUGCACGGUGGUAGUUGCGUUUAUAGUCGCUCUGUUCAUUCCAGACGACCCAACACCGCCAGCGACGCCCUGCCAAAGCCGUAAGACCAGCGGGAGUCUGGCAGGUGCCCACACUAACACCCUGCUGCCAGGGAGCGAUGAAGACUUCGAACCUCUGCUGGAGGACAGCAAUGUGUGACUGAUUCCUGAAGCGAAAUGACAUUUGGAAUAGCGAAAUGAAAGCAUCAACACAUCACAAACCCUCCCCCAUUCAGCGACUAACAUUUGGGAGCGUGCAGUAUUUAUUUAGUCUGUUUUAUUCUGAUUUAUAUCGGUUAUAAACCGAUAUCGCUUUAAUUGAGGAUUUGUACUUUGUUCUACUUUAAAUACACAACUGAAUCAAUACACUAAGGGCUUGAUAACUGGGAUCAGAUACGCUGUAGUGCAAACGGAGUUGCGUUCUGGUUGGUUCUCGAGGAACUUCGGUUUGAUUCUGGAGUUAUAAUGCGGAGCUCUUCAUGUAUUUAGAUCUUUGGGCAAAGUGCAGUAAAUGUGUGUUGUUGAUGGAGCUCGUGGUGACUUGAAGCUUAUUGUAGUUGGAUGAGAUGCUGUUGUUUCUGUACACAAGCCUUAAAGUCACAUAUCCUGAGUGGUAUGAAAAGGUUUGAAUAGAUUAGAAAUGCAUCCGGGUUGCAAGUGCAUGAUGAGUAUUUGUGGGGAUCCAAACCAAGACACUAGAGCACCUGAUGUUUGUUAUUAAAGCUGACAUAGUUAUUUAGGCCAGUUAUUAUCAAAUGGACACAGAUUGAUUGUGAAGGUGUGUGAAAUGUGUGCGUGAGAAGGUACAAAUUCUAUGCAGCAGUGUAGGGAAAAGUCUAAAUCUUUUGUCUCAAGCUACAGUAUAAAGUCAACAUGAAAUCCAAAUUGACCCUAUUUACUAUAUCGGUUUUACAGAUUAAUCUGUGCUGAUAGUUGCUUUUUUUAUUAUCGGUUAUCGGGAAAAAAAAAUCAAUGCCGAUAGUUGCCGAUAGUUCUUUUAUUCCUCCUUGUUUCCCUCCAUUAUAGUUACUUUUUUGACCAUCGGUUAUCGGCAAAAAUCGAUGCCGAUAGAUGCCAAUAGUUUUUUUAUUCCUCCUUGUUUUCCUCCAUGAUAGUUACUUUUUUAUUAUCGGUUAUCGGGAAAAAAAAUCAGUGCCGAUAGUUGCCGAUAGUUUUUUUUAUUCCUCCAUGUUUUCCUCCACGAUAGUUGCUUUUUUUAUUAUCGGUUAUUGGAAAAAAAAUCGUUGCCGAUAGUUUUUUUAUUCCUCCAUGUUUUCCUCCACGAUAGUUGCUUUUUUUAUUAUCGGUUAUCGGAAAAAAAAUCAGUGCCGAUAGAUGCCGAUAGUUUUUUUUAUUCCUCCAUGUUUUCCUCCACGAUAGUUGCUUUUUUUAUUAUCGGUUAUCGGAAAAAAAAUCAAUGCCGAUAGUUGCCGAUAGUUUUUUUUAUUCCUCCUUGUUUUCCUCCAUGAUAGUUGCUUUUUUUAUUAUCGGUUAUCGGAAAAAAAAUCAGUGCCGAUAGAUGCCGAUAGUUUUUUUUAUUCCUCCAUGUUUUCCUCCACGAUAGUUGCUUUUUUUAUUAUCGGUUAUCGGAAAAAAAAUCAGUGCCGAUAGAUGCCGAUAGUUUUUUUUAUUCCUCCAUGUUUUCCUCCACGAUAGUUGCUUUUUUUAUUAUCGGUUAUCGGAAAAAAAAUCAAUGCCGAUAGUUGCCGAUAGUUUUUUUUAUUCCUCCAUGUUUUCCUCCACGAUAGUUGCUUUUUUUAUUAUCGGUUAUUGGAAAAAAAAUCGUUGCCGAUAGUUUUUUUUAUUCCUCCUUGUUUUCCUCCAUGAUAGUUGCUUUUUUGACUAUCAGUUAUCGGCAAAAAUCGAUGCCGAUAGUUGCCAAUAGUUUUUUUUUUUAUUUCUCCAUGUUUCUUUGUGGCUGGCACGAGUAUAACAGCGGCUACUGCAGGUGAAAUCAAAACAAUCACAGACACCUCGUGGGGAUUUGCUGCAUCUAAAUCUUUCAUGGUUGAAAAUAUUCACCCAUAUUUGUAUCCUCACUUCAGUGCACAUUUUGUUAUUUGACUAGAUAAUGAAGUUUUUUUUACUUUAUUUAAGCCAGGGCAUGCAAAAAAAGAACUACAUGGAAAUGUGGCCCUUCAUCACAUACAUCGUAUCUCCAACAUCAUAUCUUAAUAAUAAUAAUAAUAAAAUAACUUAUUCCGCAUCAAACCUAAUCUGGUGAAAUAUACAUAUGCAAAACCCUUUACCUGGUGAAUAUAUAGACUAUUGAAAACAUAAUUUGGUGAUGCUGCAUUCCAUUCAACUUGGAAAGUCGGAUUUUCCAACUUCUUACUGGGAAAAUUUCAAUGGAACGCCACUUGAAGUCAUAUUUUCAACUCCGCAGGUGCGUGACGUCACACAAUCAUGUCGGCACCCAGGAAGAUAGACAAAAUAAGUGAUAAACAUUCACUUGCAAUAAUUAAUAUCGAUAACACGAAUUAUACACUCUUGAUAAUCGUACACCUGUUGCCAAACAACCGCUAAGCUAACGGGAGCGUUGCAGUUUUGUUUCCUUAAACGUCAAUUUCCAAGCGUCUGGCAGUGGAAUACAUUUAUGGUUGGAGAUCGGAGAUAUCAAGUAGGAAUAUUCUGCAUCCGCAGCAUUAAUAUAAAGUAUUGUAACAGGGCCAAGUCACCAUAAUUUCAAAAUAAGAGUCCCCAAUGUGUUUCAGGCAUGUUUAUCGUUAAAAGUCCCGUGUUAUGCACCAACUCUUUAAAUAUUCUGGUUAUUAUCGUACCCUCUUGUGUCUGUGCCCAUCAUAGUAAGGGUAAGACAAUUUUUAAUCAUUCUGUAAAUCUAUUUAAAAAAACGAUCUGGAUUUCCACCACCUUAGUUAUCGGUUGCCCUCUACUUUUUACUUUCUUAAAGGAAUAUUCCGGGUUUAAAACAAGUUGAGCUGAAUCGACAGCAAUUUUGGCAUAAUGUUAAUUACCACAAACAUUAUAUUAUUGUUUCUUUAACAAAAGCAAAAAUCAAAGUUACAUUGAGACACUUACAAUAGAAGUCAACGGGGUCAAUCGUUGGAGGGUUGAAAGACAGAAACGUGAAGCUCAAAGUCAAAAUUCAUCUUUUUAGUAAUCAACAUUAUGCCACAAAUGCUGUCGCUUGAGCUGAACCCGGAAUAUUCCUUUAAAACACAUCGUUAUUGUGCACAAAUCAUCUGUAAUAACUUGCUCUGCCUCUGAAACAACUUUCCUUUUCUGCAGAUGUCUCUAAGGUCGCUCAAAUUUCAACCAAUGAGUGUUGGUGGGAAUUGCUCCUUUUUAAGGAAGUAUAAUGGGAUGCAAAUGCCGUUUCAUGUUGACUUUAGCUUGUUCUCGGAGAAUAAUGGAUCAUUACUCUUGUGCAACUUGAUCUGGUACUCUAUAGUGAUUUAAAUAGUGCAAAAUGAACCCAAAUAUAAAGUGAGUUCUUAGUGAAGUCGUACCUGUCAGUAUAGAAAGAAUAGUUGGAGUUUUACUUAAAACAUUUAUAAUGAAAGGAUAAUUAUAUAAAGGAACGUUUGUUUUUUUAAAGUAACCAACAUCUAUGCAGCAGCUACCUCGUUUUUUGGAGGUUUGGAUUUUUGUGGAAUGAGGUGAGAAUUUGACCUAAAUCUAUUUUUUAUAUUUUUUUUUUAUCUACUUUAGAAAUUAUAAUUUUUGUAUGUAUAGCCACAUUCCGUUCGAUAUAGGGUUUUUUUUUUUGGGAUCGUUCCGAAAUCGAUCCAUUGGAAUAAUUCAAGAACUUGUUACGGAGAGAUUAAUAUAUCGUUGGUGUUCCUCAAUAAGUGGCCUUUUCUUUCGUUUUUUGAUGAAUUCUGUGUGCUCUCAUACAAUAAUCAGGGUUCCCACAGGCAUAGCAAACCUGGAAUUAUCAGGGAAUUUUAAAAACGGUGAUUUUCCAGGCCUGGAGAUUUCAAGGAUUUCAUUUGUUUCUAGCUAUGCUCUUCUCGAAAAUAUCUCAGCGGCUAGAAACUGGAGUGCAAUCUGAAUCAGUGGAUUUUUUAAAAUCCUGAUCAUGGAAAAUUCAUGGAAUUUCAUUGGUCAAAAGGUAUGGGAACCUUAAAUAUUUCAAGCUGAAGAUGUUUUGCAUGCUCACACCCGUAUGAAUAUACAGAAGGCUGCUUUAGAUUUGCAUUUGUUUUGUGUGAAGAGCUGAAGAGCGUCUCAUUAGAGUUUGAGAACAUCCAGGUCAUCAUCGGUGUGACCCGCACACAGUAUUUCCUCCUCUACAUUCACAUUAUUCCCUUUUGCAUCCAACAUUCCAUGCAAACAAACCAGCGGCCGCAGUAUUCGCAUUCAGAAACCUUUCUUGACCCGGUAGAAACUCUGAAUAGAAUCCGAAACUCUGCGUUCCAUCAUUUAUACUCCACUCUUGACCUCUUUUCCAUGUGUUUUGCAUUGUCAAAACUCUCAGCCAUAUUUAUCAUGCAGUGAAGCGAUGCAAAACUUUCUGUGUGAAGUUUAAAACGGCGCAAAUGUUUGUGUGUUAACGAGAAGAUGGUGGAAAUUGACAUUCCACGGAGGGAACGCUUCGGUCUCGGACCGGCCCGUGCACUUUGGCUUUUGUAUAUAUAUGAUAGAAUUUGCACAGCUUGUAACGGCAGAUUUAAAAAUGUAACAUAAUGAUGGUUAUAUUCAUCAUUAUUUUAGGAUUGUAAAGUACUGUAUAUGUAUUGAAUAGGAUUAAAGAAACUUUUACAUGUUGCAAGACCUGCAAUAUUUUUGGAACUCUAAAUAAUAUGCCGAGAGAUGUCUCUCGCCUGUUUAUGUUCGGCUAUGGAGACCGCAAAGCACGUAUUCAUGACUAAUUUUAGCUUCUUCUUUUUUUUACAUAACUUUGGACGUGGAGUAUUUGUGUGUCGUUUUAACAGGACACACAAGGUGCCUGAAGUGUAAACACAAGUGUACAUUUGUAGUAUGACUUUGACUGUAAAUACAGAGUGAAAUAAAUAAAUAAAUAAAUAAAUGUACAGGAA